AAAGUGCAACACAUAUAUUGCUCUCCAUUUGAUAGACUUUUGUCGAAAGCAUUCAAACAAUUAAUUCAUUGAAUAAUCAAUUGAUUUGUAAAAGUGGUGCACAAGAAGUGAUCAAAAUUAGUUCCAAUCGAGUGUUGUCUUCAGACAAGAAGUGGUCGACAAUGGUAUUGGCCGAGCGGUCGGCCAAUGAGUCGAAAUAUAACGGUGCGAGCGCUCGGAGAAGUCGGGCCACAAGUCCUCAGCGCUUGGAUCACACGAUGAACACGAAUAAUGGGAUCCAUUCCACGGAUGACAGCAACAACAGCGAUGACUCCGACCACGGAAUGCGUGUGGGCUCUGACUAUCAGGCAUUGGUUCCCGAAAUGGUUUCCUCAUUGCCGGCACCGGAUCACGAGCCAGAACGGGCUGUACUCGUGUGGUCGCCCUGUAAUGACAUCCCUGAGACAAAAUUGGACGAUUACCUGAAUGUGUCGAAAGAGAAGUACAGCUAUAACAGCGAACAGGCGUUGGGAAUGUUGUGUUGGCAUAAAUUCAAUCUGGAGAAGGCUAUGGCAGAUCUGCCCAACUUUACACCCUUUCCCGAUGAGUGGACCGUUGAGGACAAAGUGCUGUUCGAACAGGCCUUCCAGUUCCACGACAAACACUUUCAUAAGAUCAGACAAAUGUUACCGGACAAAUCGAUCGCCAGUUUAGUGAAGUACUACUACUCCUGGAAGAAGACUCGCAGUCGAACCAGUCUUAUGGACAGACAGGCAAAGAAGUUGACGUCACAUAAGGAGGACGGCAGUGACGUGGGAUCGGAUGGCGGUUCGGAUAACGAGAGCGACAGUGGGACGGGUGCUAAGGAAUCGUUGGUUCAAAACUCGAGGGAUGGAAAGCCCAUGUGUUCCAACUGUUUCACGACAUCAAGCGGUCAGUUCCAUAACACCAAUAAAGGAGUUCUUUGUCGGACGUGUUAUUCUUAUUGGCGCCGAACCGGAGCCAUGAAGAACACCACUAACCAUAAGAAACACGAGUCCUCUUCUAACCGACACAUCCAACUAAAGCCACGGAAACCUCCGCGAGGAAUGUAUUUGAGUAACGAGGACUUGACUGCCAUUGCCAACGGACCGCCCGGACAGGGAGACGCCAUUCUCAAGAGCUUAGACUCCGAAGUGAUUACUUUGAAGAGAAGCGUUCAGAACAACAAACAAAUGAUAAGUCAAUUGAAACAUAAGAUAUCGGACGGCAUCGAGGCUUUCCGACCGAUUGAGAGCACGACUCGUAUCAACAGCCGCUGGACUAACGAUGAGCUGCUGUUGGGAGUGCAAGGCGUCCGCAAAUACGGCAAAGACUUUAAGGCCAUCGCAGAAGUGAUUGGAAACAAGAGCGAAGCCCACGUCCGCACCUUCUAUGCCAACCAUCAAAAGAGAUUCAACUUAAAGGCUGUUCUCAAAGAAUAUGAAAACGAAAACGGAGUCAUUGAAGACGACGAGAAUAAAAACAAAAAUGACAGUCAAAGCGAUUCGGUGUCCGUCGAGCGCGACAACUCUCCUCACACGGCAUCCAAUAAUUGUGGCCUUCAGUCGACAUCAAGCGUGGGUUCAGCGCCGCCUCCUCUGCGACCCAUUCUCUCAACCAAUACGUCGAUUGGUUCCAAAUCGGAAAAGUCAACUCUACUGCCCCGACAGCCACCCCCUCCCCUCACCUCCACUUCUAACUCCCGAUCCAAUAAAUCUUAAGAAUCAAUUGGAUUUAAGCCUAAACUCAAUAUAUGCACCAAAACCCACAAAAACAUUGCAAUACCUAUUGAUUAAAAAGCUAUCGAUUUGUCAUUUCUUGAAAUUUGUAAUAAAAGAUAACUUUCUAUCUCUUCUUUAAACCGUUGACUUAUUCUCUGUAUUUCUCGAC